AUGCUGGCCAUUCUCUUGACGAUCUACGAUUUUCUAAACUAUAAUUUUAUGAAGAUAUAUGCCAGGCUUAUUGAAGAAAAGGAGUCUCCGAUCAAAAAAUUGCCACCUGAAAUUCUAGGAGCCAUUUUUGCAAAAGUAAGUUUUACAAAAAAAAUUGAUAUCAUAUUUGCGCUGUUUUUCAGCUUGAAUUCGAAGAUGUUCAAAACUUCAAAAACUCAUCAAAGUUUCUCUGGGACUCUCAUAAAUUAGAACGUUGGAUGAUUGCUGGACCAACUUGUGAUGCAAAUGUGUAUUACAAUAAAAACAAGGAACUUCGAUUAGAAAUAACAAUUAUGGAAAAAACAAGAAUUAUUCCAUUUGAUCAAUGGAAUUAUUAUUUCAAAAAUUCGAAAUGCAACAAAUUCAGCAUGACUGUAGAAGAAGAAGAAAUUCCAUUAGAACUCUUGAAGAAAAUGUUGUGCUGUAAAUCGAUCGAGAUUUCAAUCUAUUCUGGAAAAUCAAUCAAUCAGAUGACUAUUGACACUCUUUCUGCAUAUAAACCUCAAAAUUUCGAAAUCGUUAUGAAUGACUGGAAUUUUAAAAUACAAAAUUGUUCCGAUCAUAAAUCCAUAUUUAUUCGUUGUCCAAAAAAUAUUGAAGAUGUUGUUGAAGCAAUCAAAUACACUUAUAAUUCAAUGAUUCGUUUAUAUCCGGAAAUUUAUGAAAAAAAUGAAGAUUCCUUGAUGGUUAGUUUAUUUCUAAACUUUUUCAUAUGUAUUACAAUAAAUAUGUUUUCAGAAAUGCAAAUCUAAUACUGAAAAUCUUCCUCGCUUCUCAUUUCAUUUUGCUCCAAAUUCACAACAAAAAGUUCGAUCAAUUGGACUUUUUUUGACGAACAGUCUUUCAGAUGUUUAUGGAUUUGAUGUGGGAUGCAGACCUUAUCAUUUUGCCAACUAA